CACACACACACACACACAGUGCUCCGGUCGGCGCUGUGCGGCUGUGGUUCGGUCGGAUGGUGUUUGCGGCGGGGUGUGAGCUCGGCUUCGGUUCCGUCAUGUUUGAUGCCAGUGUUUGGCGGAUCCGCAGCAUCCGGGACUCUGUGAGACUCGAGAUCAGCGACGAACCGAAUCCUGCGGUGCUGAACCGACUCACUCAUCUGGAUCCGGACGCUCCUCACCUGGAGAAUGCGAGUCAGGAGAUCGGCGAGGAGGUGGAGGAUGGUGCUGUGUUUAGCAUCACGCUGAGGAAGGUCCAGAUGUACCAGUCGUCCAGUAAGAGUCAGCGGUGGCUGGGUGUGGACUCGGACUCGGGCCUCAGUCUGUACGAGACGUGUAAGCUGCGCACCAUUAAAGCAGGAACACUGGAGCGGCUGGGGGAGGAC